AUUAAAAUGACACAGCAUUUUAAAUUUACUGCUAAUGAGGGCUUAUUUUCCUAGCUGAAGAUUCUGAUCAGCAUUGUGACAUCACACAUUUCUAUGUGAUUCAUUUGUUGGGCAUUUGCUUCAUGAUUGUGCCAUGGUGAACAGGCACAGGAAUGGCAUCACAACACAGAUGGUGUGGGAUGGCCACCCAAAGCAGGGAGAUUCAGAUCUGGCCAAGAGAAAUACUGCAGCCAAGCAUUUUUGACAAAGCCUUUACGAAGCCUGUAUAUGUACAGGCAUGUCUUGCUUAUUAAUUUAUUUUUUAUUCUCUAGAAUAUAAUUCCAGUCAUUUGUUGCUGUUGCUUUGUUUCCAAGCACCUUUAUGCCAUCAUAGUCUGACAUGUGGUGAACAGCAGUUUUUCCUUCAAGCAGGUUCUUAUUGAGGUGCCUUGAAAUUCAGCAGGCCAUAACAUAUUUUUAUCUGCAAGUUGCCAUUUGCAGAAAGCCAUUAAGGAUAAUCUUACAAAAUGUAAGAUCAUGUGAUGUGGUUGCUGGGGCAGUAUAUCAUAUUACAGCCAGAGCUUCACAACCUUUUCUCUUUGCGGUGAAGUAGCAGGGCUGCAUAAUUUAUCUGUAGGCAUUUAAAAAGAGCACUUGCAGGCAUGUCACUCCCGGCUGAGCAGGGGAGAUGUGCUCCCUAUGGGAACUAUAUUUGCCACACGUUUCAGGGAGGCAGCUGGGCAGACCGAUCCCCUCUUCAUGAUGCUGCCUUCCAGGGACGCCUUCUCUCUCUGAAAACCUUGAUUGCACAGGGUUUCAACGUGAACCUGGUGACCACAGACCGUGUGUCAGCUCUCCACGAGGCCUGCCUGGGUGGCCACGUGGCCUGUGCCAAGGUGCUGCUGGAAAAUGGUGCCCAGGUCAACGCAGCCACCAUCGAUGGGGUCACUCCUCUGUUCAACGCCUGCUGCAGUGGCAGUGCUGCCUGUGUCACCAUGCUGCUGGAAUUCGGGGCCAAGGCGCAGCUGGGGAGCCACCUGCCCUCGCCCAUCCACGAGGCCAUCAAGAGAGGUCACAGGGAGUGCAUGGAGACCCUUCUGGCCCAUGAGGUUGACAUUGACCAAGAAGACCCACAGCAUGGGACUCCUCUCUACAUGGCCUGCACGUACCAGAGAGCAGAAUGUGUCAAGAAGCUUUUGGAGCUAGGAGCCAAUGUGAACGUGGGGAAGGGGUUGGACACCCCCCUGCACGCGGCAGCCAGGAAAUCCAGCGUGGAGAUCGUUGUCUUGCUGACAGACUACGGUGCUAACCCAAAAUGCAGAAAUGCUGACCUCAAAUGUGCCCUGGAUCUUGCCACGCCCCACAGCAAAGUGGAGCAGGCACUUCUGCUUCGGGAAGGUCCUGCCAGCCUUGCCCAGCUGUGCAGGUUGUGCAUCAGGAGGCAUCUGGGUCGGCCGUGCCUGCACACAGUCCCCAGGCUGCACCUGCCGGAGCCACUGGAGAACUUUCUCCUCUAUCGAUGAGUCUGUGACUGCCUUGAGACUGGAAAAGAAGGAGGAACAAAUGGUUGUUUACUCCAAGAUUAUUAUAUCAAAGAAAAAAAAAAAUCAAAGGCAUAAUUUACCGUUCUCUGUGGCUACCAAAUGCUGGCUGCUAUGUGCCAGUGAAAGUUGAAAGCACCUUUUCACAGACAGUGAAUGGUAUUAUGGACACAGUUCCCUCACAAUCUAUUGCCACAUGGAUUUAGACCAGCCUGAGAAGUUCCAGUAUGUAAACAGCUCACUUGACACGUGUUUGUACGUGCAUAUGCACACGUCCACUCACCCACUUAGACACAGAGAUUUCCCCUGCAUUUAGGGCUAUAUUUAUUUGUGCAGUAUCUGUAUCUGUGCAGCUUCUUCCCUUGGUCUAUCCAAUCUCAAUGUCAAAAUAAAGGCAGUGAAUAUUUUUC